GCAGAAGGAAGCCUCCGCUAGUAACCACUGAAAGUCUCUGAAGUCGGCUGGCCAGCUAGGAAGAUUUUUCCAGCAGCAUCCGCGCAUCUGCAUAACUGAGCCGGCUAGGUUGCUUGUUAGAUACGUAGGUAACUGUCGAUAAACCCCUGAUAUCGAGUCUGUGUCCGUUUGUGAAUGUUUAUCGUAGUUAACAAGCUAUUUUGUUAUUUGGCGAGCUAACUAACUAACCAGCCCUAUCCUGAGCAACGUCUGUAUUUGCAUGCUGCAUAGCUCAGAAAUCUCUGGCAGAAAUUCGUAAAAGAUAAAAAUCACUAAGCUAGCUAGCUAAAUAUGGAGACGGAGAUCCACGUGCCGGUAGGUUCGCCGGCAAUCCGAAAAUUCCCCAUUUUUGUGGAUGAACAUAACGUCACAGCCGGCGCAAUGAAACUCAUGAAAGAGCUCCGACCGGCAUGGGACAUCAACCUUGUUAAAACCAAGCUCUUCACAGAUGGGACCACCAACAAGCUGGUGGGCUGCUACGUGGAGGAGACCCCGGAGGACGUGGUGCUUGUGCGGGUGUACGGCAACAAGACGGAGCUGAUAGUGGACAGGGACAACGAGCUGAAGAGCUUCCAGGUGCUCCACGCCAACGGCUGCGCCCCUCGCCUCUACUGCACCUUCCAGAACGGCAUCUGCUACGAGUUCAUGCAGGGGGAUGCCCUCGGCACCCAGGACGUGAGGGACCCCGUACUCCUCAGGCUGAUUGCGAGGGAGAUGGCCCGCAUCCACGCCAUCCACGCUCACAAUGGCUGCAUCCCCAAGCCCAACCUGUGGAUCAAGAUGCGCAAGUACUUCAGCUUGGUCGCCACUGAAUUCACUGACCAGGCCUCCAACACCAGAAUUCAACAGGAAGUACCAAGCCAGGAAGUGUUAGAACAGGAAAUGGCUUGGAUGAAGGAACACCUGUCCCAGCUGGGCUCUCCUGUAGUGCUUUGUCACAAUGAUCUACUGUGCAAGAACAUUAUCCACAACAUAAAAGAAGGCCACGUUCGGUUCAUCGACUACGAGUACUCCAGUUACAACUACCAGGCAUUUGAUAUCGGGAAUCACUUCAAUGAGUUUGCAGGUAUGAGCGAGCCAGACUAUGACCUUUACCCCAGCAGGGAGAUGCAGCUGGAAUGGCUGCACACCUACCUCCAGGCCUACAAGCUCUUCACCAAGAAGGGCGAGGAGGUCAGCGAGCGCGAGCUGGAGACGCUCUACGUCCAGGUCAACAAGUUUGCACUGGCAUCUCAUUUCUUCUGGGGCUUCUGGGCUCUCAUUCAGGCCAAGUACUCCACCAUCGACUUUGACUUCCUCGGGUAUGCGGUCCUGCGCUUCAACCAGUACUUCAAGACCAAGCCGGCCGUCAUGGCCCUCAAGAUCCCCGAAUGAGCGGACCGGAACCACGCAGGAGUCUGGCUCCAUCACUGACUCUUUGACCCUGAUAGCA